AUGAACAUCCUUGCAACACCGUUCAAUGGGGAAGCCGAUGACGUGGCUAAUAGCGAGCAACACGAAAUCAUUCAACUGCAAAGGAAUGAUGAGGACAUUGUUAUACCCAGGAAUGAUGACAUUGUUAAACUCUGGAAUGAUGAAGACAUUCCUAUACCCUGGAAUGAUGAGGACAAUGUUAUACCCAGGAAUGAUGAGGACAUUGUUAUACUCAGGAAUGAUGAGGACAUUGUUAUACCCAGGAAUAAUGAAGACAUUGUUAUACCCAGGAACGAUGAAGACAUUGUUAUAACUAGAAAUGAUGACACUGACAUAUCCAGGAAUACUGAGGACAUUGCUAUACCCCGGGAUGAUGAGGACAUUGUUAUACCAAGGAAAGAUGAGGAUAUUGUUAUACUCAGGAAUGAUGAGGACAUUGUUAAACGAUUGACGACGACAUUUGUUAUACCCAUUAACGAUGAAGACAUUGUUAUAACUAGGCAUAAUGAGGAUUUUUUCCCCAGGAAUGAUGUAGAUAUUGUUAUACCAAGGAAUGAUGAAGUCAUUGGAAUACCCAGGAAUGAUGAUAACAUUCGUAUACCCAGGAAUGAGGAUGACAUUGUUAUACCCAGAAAUGAUGACACUGACAUAUCCAGGAAUACUGAGGACAUUGUUAUACCCCGGAAUGAUGAGGACAUUGAUAUACCAAGGAAUGAUGAGGACAUUGAUAUACCAAGGAAUGAUGAGGAUAUUGUUACACUCAGGAAUGAUGAGGACAUUGUUAAACGCAGGAGUUAUGAGGACAUUGAUAUACUCAGGAAUGAUGAAUUCAUUGUUAUACCCAGGAAUGAUGAAGACAUUGUUAUACCAAGGAAUGAUGAGGACAUUGUUAUACCCAGGAAUGAUGACAUUGUUAUUCCUAGGAAUGAUGAAACUGUUAUCCCCAGGAAUGAUGAAUUCAUUAAUGAUGAAUUAAUUGCUAUACUCAAGAAUGCUGAAGACUUUGUUUUACCCAGAAUUGAUGACAUUGUUAUAACAAGGAAUGAUGAAUUCAUCGUUAUACUCAGGAAUGAUGAAUUCACUGUUAUACCCAGGAAUGAUGAGGACAUUGUCAUACCAAGGAAUGAUGAGGACAUUGUCAUACCAAGGAAUGAUGAGGACAUUGUUAUAUUCAAGAAUGAUGAAUUUAUUUUUAUACCCGGGAAUGAUGAAGACAUUGUUAUUCCCAGGAAUGAUGAGGACAUUGUUAUAACAUGGAAUGACGAGGACAUUGUUAAAACCAGAAAUGAUAAGGACAUUGUUAUACCCAGGAACGAUGAGGAUAUUGUUAUACUCAGGAACGAUGAAGACAUUGUUAUUCUCAAGAUUGAUGAAGACAUUGUUAUACCCAGGAAUGAUGAUAUUGUUAUUCCAACUAAUUAUGAAUUAAUUGUUAUACCCAGGAAUGAUGAUAUUGUUAUUCCAACUAAUUAUGAAUUAAUUGUUAUACCCAGGAAUGAUGAUCACAUUUUUAUACCCAGGAAUGAUUACACUGUUCUACCCAGGAAUGAUGAAUUCAUUGAUAUACCUAAGAAUGAAAACAUUGUUAUACCCAGGAAUGAUGACAUUGAUAUACUCAGACUUGAAGAAUUAAUUAGUAUACUCAGGAAUGAUGAACACUUUGUUACAUCCAGAAAUGAUGAUAAUGUUAUACGAAGAAAUGGUGAAUUCAUUGUUAUACUCAGGAAUGAUGAAUUCAUUAGUAUACCCAGGAUUGAUGACAUUGUUAUUCCAAGGAAUGAUGAAUUCAUUGUUGUACCCAGGAAUAAAGAUGAUAAUGGCAUUGGCAUACCCAUGAAUGAUGAUACUAUUAUACCGAGGAAUGAUGACACUAUUAUACCCCAGGAAUGA